GUCCAACAGCUAUUCCUUAACACCACCGUCUUCCAAGUCUUCUCUCAUUCUCCUUGCGCCAAAUCUAUCUCACUGUGCAUAACGCCGGCAUAAAAUUAUCACCAUCAACUUCAUCUAAGCAAGUCACCACCACCACACCACCAAAACGCCUCAGCUUAACACCAUGCUCUCCUUCUUCAACUGGGGCUCCAGCCCAAACCCAACCACAGACUCAAAGAAGACGUAUGCAGCACCCUCCCAACAGGACUCAAUCUCCGGAUCAACCGAGCCUCAACCGCAACGGCAACCGCAACAGACGCAACUGCAACCCCAAAGACCCCUCACAAACCUCAAACUCCUCUUCGGCGGUGUAACCUUCUUCACCCUCUCGCUGCUCAUCACCCGCCGCGCGUUCACGAAGCGCGUCCUCGCCUCCACACCGCCCUACUGGACGUCGUCGGUGUACCACCGCGCGCCCGUCAACGGCGCAGGGGACGCCUUCGAGGCGCUGAGCCUCGCGACGCUGAAUGUGUGUUCGUUCGCGAUGAUGGCUACGGGUGGUGUGCUUUAUGCGCUUGAUAUCAAUAGCGUGGAGGAUAUGCGGCGGUAUGUGAAGAAGGAGAUGGGGACGGGGACGGUGCGGGAUGAGGAGGUGGAGAAGGAGGUGGAGGAGUGGGUUGCUAAGGUGUUGGGGAGAAGUUUGGGGUGGAGUUGAAGGAGAAGGAGAAGGAAGCGGGAAGUGCUGAAGGGAAAGGGGAGUAGAGUAGAAGAGAGGAGAGGGUUUAGAAGAAAAUGUACAGUGAAAAACGUCAUCCUCAGCUCUUGUAUACUAGUAGUCAUAUCACGAAUCAUGAACUUGCAUCAGGUUGUACAGCUUACAUUAUUACAC